AUGAAGGCUUCAACUCUCUCUAGUACCACUACGAAGCCACCUCUCAAGAGGCGAAAGCUCGCCCGGAGCACGUCCGCAUCGACGGCAGCAUCUCCAGCGGCACUGGGCACGUCGUCUAAAGUCUUAAUAUCGACCACGAACGUGAACAAGCCCGCUGCUAAUGCCCCACCGACAUGUAUCUCGUGUCAUCGCGGGCUGAACAAUCAGGGAGCCAUCAUCCAUUGUCCAAUAUGCCUCUCGACUACCUGUGCGGUGUGUUCGCGUACGUGCACGGACGCAGCGAUGUCCCAGCCCCCUACGCCUCACCUCACCUGGUCUCCGACACCCUCACCCACACCGUCGCUGUCCGCACGUCGGUCCAUCAUAUCCCUCAAUUCUCCGAAUUCGCACCUACAUCCACACGCUAUUCUCGAGUCACCUCUGACACCAACCCAGAACUCCGUCGCAGGAAGACGCAGGAAGGUGCAAGAUGACGAUGUCGUGCCAUCGUUCGAAACUAUUCCGCCGGAGUUUGACGAGAUGUCCAUGCCCGGACCGGGCUGUGGCAGAGUGGUUUGUCGGAAGUGUUGUUAUGAAGACGUGUCGAACAACACUACAACAUGUGUUGAUUGUGCCUCCUCUUCACGCGCUUGA